GGACCGUUUCGUCUAGCAUCAAUACCCUUACUAGAAUGACUUGAUACUAAUGCAGGUGUGACCUGCGACCGUUCCUCAUGUUUAAACAUCACCUGACCUCAGUUUGACCUUGACCUCAUUUUGGUCCUAGGUUGCUUUAUAUGGGCCAUCUCUUGGUUAACCAAAUGGGACCGUUUCGUCUAGCAUCAAUACCCCUUACUAGAAUGACUUGAUACUAAUGCAGGUGUAACGUGUGACCAUUACUGAUCUUCAGACAUCACCUGAUCUCAGUUUGACCUUGACCUCAUUUUGGACUUGCGUUGCUUUAUAUGGGCCAUCUCUUGGUUAACCAAAUGGGACUGUUUCGUCUAGCAUCAAUACCCCUUACUAGAAUGACUUGAUACUAAUGCAGAUGUGACCAUUCCUUAUCUUCAGAUAUUACCUGACCUCAGUUUGACCUUGACCUCAUUUUGGUCGUAGGUUGCUUUAUAUGGGCCAUCUCUUGGUUAACAAAAUGGGACCGUUCCGUCUAGCAUCAAUACCCCUUACAAGAAUGAAUUGAUACUAAUACAGAUGUACAGACCUAUUUUUAAAGUUAUGGUCCCUGAAAAAGUAAGAAAAUGCACAUUUUCACCUAAUUAUAAAUGUGCCUAGCUCAAAAAGUAUUUGAUGUAAAUUUAUUAAACCUUGCUUGAGUCUUUAUCAUGAUGUCACCUUGCAAAUUUGGCAUUUUCUUGAGAAUCUUAGCGCUUAUUACCCUUGAUGUAGACAAAAUAAUUUUUUGUUUGUGAUGGUCAUAGUUCAAAAAGUGUAUGGCCUAUAAUAAUGAAUCCUUUUCAUAAAAUGUUUCUUGAGGCUAUAAUACCCCAUUAAGAUUUACCCCAUUAAGACUGCAAACAUUUGAAUUAUUGCCCUUUAUUUGUGACUAAUGUACCAGUGGGGGCACACCCUGUGUCCUACAGACACAUUGUAGUUACUGUUAGUGUCUUUUAAUACAGAAACAGCAUGGGUGCUGUCUCUUAGUAAAUAUGUGAAUUUACCAUUGAUAAUAAUACUGUCUGACAUAUGCAUUUUUCAGUAUAAUGGCUGUUGGACCCCUGUGCACAGUGAUACCGCAGACUUAUCACAAAUACUUGUCUAGAGAUAUCCUGAAGUCAUACCUUUCCCAGGAUUUAAAGUACUCAUAUGAACUGGAGAAAAAUGUACAACCUGCAGAUAUUCCAAUCAUUACAAAAAAGUUUGACGAACAGCUAUACCCACGCAUACAGAACAGUCUGAAUGACCUGGGCAAGCAGGUGAUAAUGGAGGUCCACCCAUGGAUCAUAAAUACACUUGUUGACUGGGACAACUUUGAUGAUAAGAUCUGCAUAAAAGACAACAACUUGGAGUGCAACAACAUAGAGUCAGGAACAGCUGCACCCUGUAAACUACCACCUAUCAGAGAAGAGACUGAGAUGAAGACUGAAAAGGAGAACACAGGCCAGUUUAUCAGUCAAUCUAACUUAAAGACAGUAAAGGAGAACACAGGCCAGUUUAUCUGUCAAUCUAACUUAAAGACAGUAAAGGAGAACACAGGCCAGUUUAUCAGUCAAUCUAACAUAAAGACAGUAAAGGAGAACACAGGCCAGUUUAUCAGUCAAUCUAAUAUAAAGACAGUAAAGGAGAACACAGGCCAGUUUAUCAGUCAAUCUAACUUUAAGACAGUAAAGGAGAACACAGGCCAGUUUAUCAGUCAAUCUAACAUAAAGACAGUAAAGGAGAACACAGGCCAGUUUAUCAGUCAAUCUAACUUCAGGACAGUAAAGGUGAAUAAAGACCAGUCUAUCAGUCCGACUAACUUAGAGACAGUGAAGCAGAACACAGGCCAGUCUAUCUGUCAGCCAAAUGUACAGGAUCCAUGCUUGGUGAAUUUGCAGGAAUGUGAUGGUGCAAUUUGUCAGUCUUCCUCAUCGUCAGAUGGCACAGUUCAAACCAAAUGGCCAAAGGAAAAGGUUCUGAAAUUGAUUGACCUACAUGCUCAGUAUGAACAAAUGUUUUCUAAACCAUCUAUAAAAAAGAAACAUGUGUGGGCCCUUAUUGCAGCUAAGCUCUGUUCUGAUACAUUUAACGUUACAAUAGAAAAAGCAGAACAAAAAUGGAAAAAUCUGACAAAAAAUUUCAGGGACACAAUUGACCACAACAAUAAAAGUGGAAGUGCACCCAAGCACUGUCCAUAUUUUGAAGAAUUACAGGAAGUAUAUGGAUACAGACCGAAUGUAAAGCCAGUCUUUACUGGGACUGCAGGCUGUAGUGAAAGUUUCAAUGCUUCAUCAAAUUCAUCAGAGCGUAGUACAGUGGAAGACACUGAAGGAAGCUCAGAAGAGGGUAACAAUAUAAAAAAGGCCAAAAAAAUGAAAAGGCAAAAUAAGACUGAUGUUAUUGUCGAAUUCUUGAAGGAAAUGAAAACAGACAUGGUUCGAGAACAGGAAAUGUUACUAGAGACACUAAACAGGCAACAUGAAGCUAGAAUGAAAAAUGAGGAUAAAAAAUUAGAACUAAUUGCCCAGCUUGUGAAGGCAGUUAAGAAAUAGCUGCCUCAUGCAUCUUACAAUUUCUUAAUAACUUCAGUCAAAUGUUCAGUACAAUUAACUUUUAACAUUUUUGUUAUAAUUUUUGUGUUGGAGCUAAUAUACCUGCUGACAGUCUUAAAAUUGUAAUUUAGUUUUAGACAGUGUGUCCAAUCACGUGAUUGCUCUACGUCAUUUUGAGCUUCAAAGUGAAAGUGGAAAAGUAAACAAAAAUUAUAAACCGCAGCGUAAGUUUUUUAUUCAAUAUAUUGUGUUGAUAUCAUGCACAUGAUUCUACACCUAUUUGAAAGUACUACCCCCGGUACUUCGAUUUCCCCACCAAAUCCUUGUUUUUACGCCAUUCCACUUUUGACAUUGUGCGCUCAUUGUGCAAGUCAAUUGGACAGGAGUACAUUAAAACGAGAAAGUUUUGGUGGGGAAAUUGUAGUAUUGGGGGUAGCACUUUCAAAUAGGUUUGUCAUUGUGUGCAUGGUAUUAACACAAUAUAUUAAGUAAAAAAGUUAUGCCCUGAUUUAAAACUUUUGUUUACCUUUCCACUUUCACUUCCGAGGUCAAAAUGACGUGCGCUAUCGCGUGAUUGGGCACACUGUUAGAUAGACAAUUUAAAUAUGUGUGUGACUAUAUUGUCAGUCUAGGCUUUAACACCAAGUUUGCUUUUUGUUGAGAUUUCUAGAAAAACUAAUGUUCGUGCUUGCCCCC